AUGGUCAGAACGAAAGAUGGGGACGGUAUUAAGAGUAGUUCGAUUAUUACGGAGGUGAAGAGGAGAGCCUGCUUGUUUGAUACCAAUGAUCCCAACUACGGUGACAGGGCGGAGAAGGCGCGAUGCUGGGAGGAAGUUUGCGAGUGUGUCGUGCCCGGCUGGGUUGCGCUCGGGCCGCCGGAGAAGUUUGCGGCCGGUAUGUUUAGUGACGUUUUUAUAAACCGUCUUAUUCGCGGAUGUCGGCCCGCGGUUGACGCGCCAACGUUAAACACGUUCGUUGUAACCGGUCAGAUUGUAAUUGUCGCGUUCAAGUUGCGUGCUCUUUGUUCGAACGUUUGGAUGCUUUCGAAAUGUACCUAG